UCAUGGGUGCAGCUCCCUCAGCUACAUACUCUGAGAGACAAAACCAAGAUUUAGACUCCAGCUUUAAGGCAUAUCUUAAGAACUGCAAGACAGAAAGCAAAAUCAUCUCUCAGGAGACCAUCCGUUCAAUUCAGUCACACUUGGCAAAAGGAGAUCUUCCAGGGGCACACUCUGUGAUCAGUGAUGCAUUAAAAAAUAUUGAUGAUAUCCCACUCAACAUCGCUGUGACAGGGGAUUCAGGAUCAGGGAAAUCCAGUUUAGUCAACACCCUGAGAGGGAUUGGAGAUGAAGGAGAAGAUGCAGCUCCCGUUGGAGCAAAGGACACAACCAUGGAGAGAAAGCCAUACAAACACCCCAAGUUUCCCAGUGUGACAAUAUGGGACUUGCCUGGCUUUGGAACUCCUAAUUUCCAGCUAAAAGGUUAUCUAGACAAAGUAAAAUUUGGUGAGUAUGAUUUAUUUAUUAUUGUUUCUGCUUCAUUCUUCACAAAAUAUGACCUAGAACUGGCCAAAGGGAUCAGAGCUAUGAAGAAGAACUUCUACCUUGUGAGAACCAAGGUGGACUUUGAUUUACAAAAUGAACACCGAAUUUAAACCUACUACCUAUGAAAGAGAAAAAGUCUGGAAGAGAUUCGAAACAAUUCUCUGAAGGAAUUUUACAAGAAUGAUAUUGAACUCCAAACAUUCCUAAUCUCCAACAAAGAUUCGUCUGAGUUUGAUUUCUCGAUCCUGAUGGACACCCUACUGAAAGAUCUCCCUAAUCAAAAGCGCAACAAAUUCAUGCUUUCCCUGCCCAGUAUUACUGAGGCAGCCAUUGAAAAAAAGAAGGAAUCUCUAAAGCAGAAUAUCUGGCUAGGAGCCGUGAAGGAUGGAAUUUUGGCUACCUUGCCUAUGGCGUCUGUCUUUAAGGACAAUGAUGUGGAGAAGCUGCAGGCAAGCCUACACCAAUAUCGAGUCUGUUUUGGAGUGGAUGAUGAAUCUCUUCAGAUUUUGGCUAAGGAUUUGCGAGGGCAUGUGGAAGAACUCAAAGCAAUUAUUAAAUCUCCCUAUUUGUUGGACACUGAACAGGAUGAAACAAUAGGGGAAAAGCUUUUGAAAUUUCUGGAUGGGCUCAGCUCAGCUGAUGGAGGUCUUCUUGCUACGGGUCUUUACUUUAGACAAAUUUACUUGCAAUUUCAUUUCCUUGACAUAGUGGCCAAUGAUGCUAAAGUUCUCCUGAAAGAGGCUUAUUCCAGAAAGCAAUUGACUUACCAUUAGACUAAAAUCUUCUAGAUGUUGAAAUCCAGAUUCAUGGAGAAAAGUAGCACAGUGGAUGUCAUAAACAAUAUACUGAGUUUCCUGGGGGCAUCCAGCUUUCAACUGAUACUUACAUACUGCACAUCCCUGGACCAAGGGCCCAGAACAUCUUUGAAUAUGGGCAGAGCUAAAUACCAUGCAUCUACUUCCACAUCAGAUGAUUUUACCUUUGUCAGAAAUUUAAAUGUGGCUGCCACCUUGACAACCAUUUAGCUCUGAUGGAAGCUCUUUGAAACCCAGUUAUACCCCAUCCUCUUCUGCCUUAUAAAGACUUCUCCUUCCUUUGUGGUUGUUUGUGAUGUAGCCUAACUUUCCUGCAUCUCACUGAUCCAAACCUGACACCCUCACAGCUGCUGACCUUGAUAAAGCCUAUUGGUCAGCAGCAGAGUCACACAGGUGAGCUCUGUCUUCUCACCAUCUUCUUAAAGCAGCCAACCCUGAGUCCCAUGAGAAAGCCUGAGGAACAGCACCCAAGGUCUUUAACACAGGCCUGGCCCCACAGGUCCACUCUUUUCCCUUGCUCCUGCCCACUGCUUUAGCUCUAUACCACCUCUGUACUUCCUGUUGACAUCCUCUCUAUACCUCCAGCCACUCUGAAUAUUGCAAGAACUCAGUUUCUUCUGGUUCAUGCAUUUUGGUGUCACCUCCUCCUUGUGUUUCAGAUGACAUAUUUGGAAAUCUACCUCCCCACGCUCCCUCCACUCCUGUCCAAGUCAGGGCUGUCAGAGAGACAACCAUUUUAGUUUAUGGCCACUCUGAACAGUGAGAGCUCAACAACAAAAUAGCAAGAAAUUGUAUCACCAUAGAAAUCACAAAUUUGGAAGACUGUGCUAUGGCAUAGUAGGCUAAGGCUCUGCCUGUGGUACCAGCAUCCCUUAUGGUCCCCAGUUUGUGUCCUGGCUGCUCCUCUUUUGAUCCAGCUCUCUGCUUAUGACCUGGGAAAGCAGUGGAAGAUGGUCCAAGUGCUUGGGCCCCUGCACCCACAUGGGAGACCCAGAAGAAGCUCCUGGCUCCUGGCUUCAGGUUGCCCUAGCUCUGUCCAUUGUGGCUAUUUAGGAAGUGAAUCAGCAGAUGGAAGACCUUUCUCUCUGUCUCUCUCUGUCUAUAAUUGUACUUUUCACAUAAAUAAAUAAAUAAAUCUUUUUUUAAAGUGAGAUUCACAAUCAUCUCCUUUUAAAAAGAUUACAACUUUGAUAAAGUCUUAAGAAUCCCAUUUAGUCAGACUCCUCUCAAGAAAAUAACUAAUGAAAACCUGUAAUUCUGUGCUGAUAGGAGAGGGGAACCCUGUGAAAUCUCUGACUUCUUAUGAUUUCAUGGCUUUUUAUUGUCAAGAUGGUGAGGAAUUCCUUUAAUGCACUUGUGAUACCAAUAGGUGCUUAAUAAAUGCUUUGUGAAAAAAGAUAUUUGCUGUUGUAAUUAAUUGGCCUUUCUCAGUAAACCCUAGAGUGCUUCAUAUUGAUUGUUGUCAGAAUUAUUUUAUUUAGUGAUAAUAUCCUUAUCCAUUCCCUAUUCCAACACUUUAUUUUCUCAAAAUGGAAUACAAUAAACAAUACCUGGGAUAGAAAGACUGUAAGAGACACAAGAUGAAGGGGAAAUGACUCAUUGGUAAGUGAUGGUUUAUUAGUUCAGGCUGCUAUAAUACCAUAUAUUAGAUGUAUCGCACAACAUAAAUGUAUCUGUCACUCUUUUAGAGACUGGAAGUGGGAGACCUGGGUGCAGCAUGGCCAGGUACUUACUUGGGGAAGGCAUUCUUCCUAGCUCUGUCCUUACAUAGCCUUCCUACAUCAUGGGUUCACAGAUUCUCUUUUCUGCUCCAUUUUAUAAGGGCAUCAGUUCCAUCAUAAGGGCCUCAUUCUCAUCACCCAAUUUAACCCUUACUAAUUUCCAAAAGCCCCACCUCCUAAUAUCCCAUUAGAAUAUUUUGGGUAAACAAACAUGCUAUCCUUAACAGUGUGUUAUAAAAGUUAUCCACAUGAUUCAUUUCCUUUCUGAUUAGAACCUUUGACAGUUCUCAUUUUGGCAACAUCACACACCACGAAACAUUUUUAAAAGAAAUUGUGACACAAGUUGAGUUUCCUUUAUCCAAAAUGUUGGGGAUCAAGAGGGUUUCAGGUUUUGGAUUUGGGAAUAUUUGCAUAUACAUGAUGAGCCAGCCUUGGAUGGGACCCAAGCCUAAAGACAAAUUCGACUUAUUUUUCAUGUACACGUAGGCCAAAAUGGUUUUGUACAGCAUUUUAGUGUACUUAUGUUUUGUCUGUGACCUAUCAUAUGAGAUUAGGCAUGGAAUUUUCCACUUGUAGCACCAUGCCAGUGUUUAAAACAUUUUUUAUUUCAGAGGGUGUUAUGAUAUUUUCAUGUUAGGAAUGCUUAAUCUUUCGAAAAUACCAACAGCACUGUAUUAGUCUAUUUUUGUUACUAUAAUUAAAUACCUGAGAACUUUUAAUGAGAAAAGG